AAACAGUCAGCUUCGUCGAUGCGCACUCAUUCAGCCUGUACUCAGUAGUCAGUUGCUCGCCGUUUCAGCCUCGAUACGGGCGCCUUCCGGGCGUUGGUUACACAGAGUUUCCUGCGUUUGAGGGCUUGCAUUUGUGGUUAAAGCAUUUUUUGCACGGCCAAUGACCGAGCAGCCGGCCGGCGAAACUGAGCUCUGUGAAGCAGUCACGUGUCCGGGGUGAGGCGCGGCGGGCGGCUUAACUCGCAGCCGAACCUUCUCUUAUAAGAUGCACACUCGCCGCGGCAUAGGUGUGGAGCCUGCUGACUCGGACGGCAUGCCCCAGUGCAAACAUCUCGCAACACACGCACCAUAAGAGUUUCGACCCCGUCUCUAGUAAACAAGUCUCACCGAAUGCCAUGUAGGAUGUCUCACAGCAGCCUUAGUUGUCACUACGACAGCUACCUUCCGUCCGAUUCGUCCCUUGAGACAGAUGCACUUACUAACCGACAUUGGAAUGGCCGAGUAUCAGCUCAGGCGGAAGGGCCCUCUCGCCGGAAAAGUAACUUACACAAUGCAAUGGCAGCUGAAAUGGAUACAUCCUGGGAUCGACCUACGCACAUUGAAGGCAGAUAUAAGAAAUACUCAACCACUUCUUCCAUCUAUUCCAAAAAAGCUUUAUCACAUCAUAGCGAUCACGUCGAAAGAUCUUGGUGGUACGCCUGUUGCCAAAGGUGCCACACGGACGAUUCCAGCAUUCCUUCGUGGGAGCCUCCCCACUGGCAGAAGAUUUGCCCGUAUCCACUAUGUCCCUCAUACAGACGUUUCGCUCAAAAUUUAGCCGUACUUUUAAUUGGUAUAAUGUCGUGGGUAAUCGUAUGGAUAGUACUAGGUGACACCGCUGCUCCAGGCGGACAGCUAUUCAUGUUUGCUGUCCUCACGAUAGCCGCAUACUUCGGUGGAUGGCUAAUGGUAAAAGUCACUACCCUACCUGCACUAAUAGGAAUGCUAAUAGUGGGAAUAAUCAUGAAAAACAUAGGAUUUGUCGACUUCGAUCCGCAUUAUCAAAAAGUCGCGUCUUAUAUAAGAAAAAUAGCCCUCACAAUCAUUUUAACGCGAGCUGGUCUCGACCUGGAUCCGAUGGCGAUGAAGAAAAUCUUCUGGACUGUAAUCAAGCUUGCACUUAUACCAUGGUCUUUUGAAUACGUUUUAUCCGCUGUAAUGUGUCAUUACCUUCUUGGACUGCCAUGGGACUGGGCUUUCCUUCUGGGUUCAAUAUUUGCUGCAGUAUCGCCUGCUGUCGUAGUUCCCUGCCUAUUCCGCCUCCGUGAAAAAGGUUAUGGUGUGUCAAAAGGGAUCCCAACUCUAGUAUUGGCCGUGUCGGGUAUCGAUGAUGCGGCCAGUGUUGCCGUGUUCGGAAUUGUAUCAUCAAUCAUGUUCUCAAACUCGUCGUUAACCACAAACAUUAUUCAGGGUCCACUUAGUAUUAUUGGAGGCGUAGCUUUUGGUUACUUCUGUGGAUAUUUAGUUAAAUACAUUCCAGAACGAAACGAUUCCUUUUUGGUGCCUAUACGAGUACUCCUGUUACUAGUUGGUGGUCUUAUGUCGGUCCUCGGAUCGGAGGAAAUUGGCUGGGGUGGCGCUGGGCCAUUGGCGGUGAUUGCAUUCGCUUACGUCGCCUGCAAGGAGUGGGUGGAACAAGGUUGGGAUCUUGAAGAUAACCCUGCUGCCACGGCGUUCGAAAUCUUCUGGAUGUUCUUUGAGCCUAUGCUUUUUGCCGUUACUGGUGCACAAGUUGUCAUUGCAGAUUUAGCCCCACACUUGGUUUUAGUAGGAUGUGGUAUAACUGUAACAUGCAUUGUUCUCCGCGCUGUACUCACAAGUUGUUGUGCUGUACGCAGUAAUCUAAAUAUGAGGGAAAAGAUCUUCGUCGGCUUGGCUUGGAUGGCUAAAGCAACUGUUCAGGCCGCUUUAGCACCAGUAGCGCUGGAUGAAAUCAGCAAGAUGACUGGCGAUGAUGAAUACUUAGCCGAGCUAAGAAACUAUGCAGAUAUUCUUAUAACUAUAUGCAUCUUGUCUAUAGUCAUCACUGCGCCUCUUGGCGCCAUUGUCAUCACAAUCACGGGACCAAGGCUUCUUUCAAAGACUUCUAAACCACCUGUACUAGAAGGAUGGCGCCGCUCACAUAGACCUUCAAUCCGUGACAUCUCAAUCAUCGACGAAGAAGAAAUGGCUGAAAGGGAUGCAGAGGCUGAGACAGAAAGCACCUCUCAAACGCAAACUCCAAGCACUCCACAAGUCUCUCCUAUACUUCCUGUAAUACCGAACGCUAACAGUACACCAAAUCCUAUCACUGUGCAACCGAAUCCCCGGACGUAGAAACCAUUCCAUUUUAUUUAUUGCAUAAAUUUACUUUCAAAUAUCUCCAUCACAUUUGCUUAAGAUUCACUUAGCUAUAUAAAAACAUGUAUAAACUUAAUGGUACCGCAUAAACUUUAAAGCCUCAUUCAUUGCCUUUAAUAAAGUCACGUUUGAUUUUGGAUAAGAAAAUGUCUUUCCAUCAGAUUCUUCAGAGCUGCAAGUCUAACUUAUUAAGUGUAAGUAAGUCUAUCAUAGUUGUAAGGAGGGGCCAAUUUUUACGAUUCGCUCUUCGUUUAAAUUACAGAUAUCGUGGAUGUUACGUUUUUUUGCGACAAAAAAAAGCUUACACAAAGGUUACAGAAGUGCCAGAUUUGGUAGCAAUUAUUCUGUUGUACAUAAAUCUUUAAAUUAAAUUUAUGUUUAAACUAAACUAAAUUUGCAGGUCUUAGAGUAUGCUAUCCUUUUUCACGGGAAACAUUGUGAAAAGUACACUACUUUUAGACAUGUUAAUUCAGUUUAGUUAACAGAUUUGAGUACAACAGAAAUGGCAGAAUUGAGUGAAAAGAAAACCAUGUGAGAGACCAUAAUAAAACAAAAUAAUAAUGAACACUGAAUGGCGUGAUAGUGACUGCAAAAUGUAAAAUAUUCUUGAAUGUUUUAUGACAAUUAAGAACAUUUUGAUUUGAGUUCGCCUUGAUAUUUUAAUAGAUUAAUCUAAUUAACUGUAAUCUGAAACGGUUAAUAGAUAAUACUUUUACAAUAUUUUUGUGGAAACCUCCCUAUAAUGUCAAAGAAUGAAAGCUUUAUGUUUAAACUAACCCGUCCAUAAGCUUAAAUAAAUUUCCUUCAUAAUAUUUUUAUAUAGCUACAUAUUAUAGAUAUAAGUAACUUGUUAGUUAAAAGUAUUGCUCGUCAACUUCUGUAAAUUAAAGGACCGUGGUGAGUCCUGACCUGUUAGAAAGGAAACCUGUGCCUAGCAAUUUGAUUUUUAAUGACUUAAAUGGUGAUCAUGUAGUAUUGCAAUAAGUUUAUUUUAUUAAAGUUGUUUACAAUAAGUAAUAGCGCUCACAAUAAUUAGUUUACUAUGGCGACACAUGUUCGUAAAUAAGAGUUCGUUCUCAUAUAGGUACGUAGUCAGAUUACGAACCUUACAAAUAAAGUCUUAUUUCACACUAUGAUAUUUAAAAGGUGCUUUCAGUUCAAAUGUGUCAAAACAAUUCAUAACUAUUCCGAUGCUAUGCCGCGUUUAUUAGGCAUUUAAAGAUUAGUUUACAAAUACUUAAUUACUGAUUGAAUUAUAUUUUUUUAUUGUUCUUAAUGUUUUUGGUUUGUGAUAAAUUUCAGAACUAAAACUGAAAACUAUAUAUAUGCUUUAACAAUCAGGCAGCAGCGAUAAUAUUUAAUUCAACAUAGUAAUCGCACGAAAUUCGCACUUCGCACGAAUUUUUCUUCUGACACCAAUUCCCCUGUCAUUUGGAUUAUGACUAUAACCAGAACUGAUAAACUUUCCAAAUGAUUAACGACCACAUAUUGUAUACACAAUCUAAUCGAUUUAUGUUGCACGUAUUUUAAGUGGUUUUGAUAUUUUUCAAAUGGAUUUGAAGUCAGGUAAAACUUGUUACAUCAAAAUUUCGAUUAAUCAAAUUCAUAAAACAGUUAUAGGACAAAUUUAUAAAAAAAUAUUUUUAAAAAUUAUGAGGUAAAUAGAAACUGCAGUAUGUAAAUUUAAUCUUGGUUAGAUAAAAAGUUAACAUUUAGUUACGAAUACAGAUAUACACAAAGUCUAAAACACUACUAAGUGAUAUAUAUAGAAAUACCUACAUGAUAUUGUAUAAUUUUUCAUUAUCGCCGCAUCGAUGCAGCGUCGUUAUCAACAUUUUCAAAAUAUUUCAAAUGAUAUGCAACAUUAAAGCGCUGUGUAGACGUCACGUUUCAGUUUUUUUUAGGAAUUUGACUUUUAUCAUAUUGUGCUCGGAGCUGCGCUUGCAUUUUUAUUCAAAUCAGUAUAAAACUAUAUUAUUACAAUGCCAAAAUAGAAUGCAACCUUUUUAGGGUUCCGUAACCGAAAGGGAUGCCAAUGACAUCCAAUUACUAAGCCUCCGCUGUCUGCCUGUCCAUCUUUCAAUCCGUCCGUCCAUCCGUCCAUCUGCCUGUCAGCGGGCUGUCUUUCAUGAACAGUUUAAGUAGAAAGUUGAAAUGAAUAUCAAAGAAGGUGCGGUUGUAUUAACGCUAUAAAAGGAAAUAAUAGGACCUAAGGGAGGGCUCCCAUAAAUUAAACGUGAUGUUUUUUGCUCGAUCUUUAUCGCAGGUCAAUAUUGUGGAGUGUUUCAUAUUAUCAAUUGCUCCAUGUUACGGAACCCACUUAUGCCAGUCUAACUCUCACUUAGUGACUUAGUUAUAUAUUAUGAUUCCAAUAUAUACCGUAGUUUCACAUAUUUAUUAAAAAAUCGAAAAUAAGCUAGUAAAAUUUUUACAUUCCAUGCACGUAUCCAUUUAAUAAUAUUUUAAUCAAUGAUACCUUAAUUAUACGGAAACAUUUAUCAUAAGUAUUUAUUGAAUGUUUUUUUUUUUGUAUAGACAUUAAUGUAGGUUUUAAUUCCGAAAUCAGAUUGUUUUGGUCUAUCAACCGAGACUCUCAGUUGUUUCGGCGUUUAUAUAAUUUUUGGUAAAUAAAAUGUUCCGUAAAAUCGUAGGCUAACGAAGUAGUGGUGUUGUUAAAAAGUUAAAAAGUACCAUGGUUUUCGUUACCCAAGCGUAAUUUUUAAGACGCUCAUAAAUAGGUAUAGGUUUAUAUGUUUUGGAGAUAUAUCGAUAUUAAAAAUCAAAGACGAGCCUACGAGUUGUAUUUAAAAGCAGUAGUAGAAAAUUCAAAUAUUUGCUAAGGAAUUAUUAAUAUUAAUAUUUAAGCGUUAAUAUUAAUGGAAAUCAGUAUUGUGAUAUUUAAUAUGCUAUUUAAACUUAGUAGAUAUUAAUAUUAGUCUGUCAGAGGUGCCAGUUCUAUUGUAUAGACAUUUCUUAACUAAAUUAAAUUGAUAGGGCUAAAAAUAGAGCUAUCCUUAUUCACUGGCAAUGUUUUUAGAUCUGUCUUUAGAUUGGUUUAGAGAUUUAUGUAAAACAGAAUUAGUACCAUUUUAAUGGUAGGUACAAAGUAAAGGAAUAUUUAAUUAGAUUUAUCUAGGGGUAUUUUAAAAAUACCCAUUGUAAUAAAUGUAAAAUUAUUUUGCAAAUAUAAAAAUAGUUAUUUUUAUACAGUACAAUUGUAAGUGUAUUAACAAAAUUGCCAUUUAAAAAAAGUAGGUAAGUAUUAGGAUUUCUAUAAGUACUAAAAUUUUAGACAAAUCAACCAAAUUUAUGUUUUUAUCGCUUAUUUUGAUUAUAAAUGAAAUUAGAUAUAUAUUCCUAUUUUUGAUAUUUCAUGCUGUAAAAUAAAACAUACUUAUUCAUUUAUUUAUGGUGUGACAUAAAAUUUUUAUUCAACUAAUUUAUUCCUAGUUUACGGUAUGCACAAAAUACUUUAUUUCAAUAAAGAGAUAUAUGUUAUAGUAUAUUGGUUCGAAAACCUAACGGCAUAUUUUUUAAUAUCGUAGUAAUGAGAAUGACCUGAAUAACAAUUGUAAAUUCGCUAAAAAUAGUACCAUUACUUAAUGAAACCCAUUAUAAAAUGCUUUAUUAAUUGGUGCUCUAAAGGGCCCAAUAAGUGUCAGAAUGGCAAUAAAAAAUUAUGAUCUAAUU